CCCAAACUGGUGAAGACUCGGCACGGGGACAGCCACCUGGGGCUGGAGCGGGAGCAGGUGGAGAGGGAAGUCACCAUCCUCCGCCAGCUCAACCACCCCAACAUCAUGAGGCUCCACGACCUCUUUGGCAGCAGAGCCGAGGUGGUGCUCAUCCUGGAGCUGAUUGGUGGUGGAGAGCUCUUCGACUUCAUCGCGGAGAAGGAGAUGCUGUCGGAGGAAGAGGCCAUUGAGUUCUUGGGACAGAUCCUGCGUGGGGUGGAGUACCUGCACGGCCUCCUCAUCGCCCACUUCGACCUCAAGCCUGAGAACAUCAUGCUGCAGGAGAAGGAUGUCCCCAAGCCACGGAUCAAGAUCAUUGACUUCGGGCUGGCUCAGCGCCUGGAGGAUGGGGUGACCUUCAAGAGCCUCUGUGGGACCCCCCAGUACAUCGCUCCUGAAGUGAUCAAUUAUGAGCCGCUGAGCUCCGCGACUGACAUGUGGAGCAUUGGGGUCAUCACCUACAUCCUGCUCAGCGGAUUGUCACCUUUCCAGGGAGAGACAGAUGCUGAGACCCUCUCCAACGUCGUGGCUGGUUCCCAUCUCCUUCCCAUCUCCAUUUUCACCUCCACUUCCGCCAAGGACUUCAUCCGGCAGCUGCUGCUGAAGGAGCCAGAGCAGCGCAUGACAGCGUCCGAGUGCCUGGUCCAUCCCUGGAUCAAGCCCCUGAGCCGGAGUCAGGCAGAGAACCGGAGUCGUUCCUCCAUCAACAUGAGCAACUUCCGCAAGUUCAAUGCUCGGAGGAAGUGGAAGCUCUCCUACAACACAGUGUCUGCCUGCAACCGGCUGUGCCGCACGCAGCUGCUCUGCGGCCCGAGGAAGGACGAUGAGGAGCUGCGCUGCUGUGAGAGCCACCAGGAGGAGGAGGGCAGUGCCCCCACGGCCCUGCUGUGCCAGCGGAGCC